UUUUUUUUUUUUUUUUUUUUUUUUGGGUGAGCGCACUCGAAAAUUAACAUUCGCGGUGUCCUGCGCGGUGGGAGCACACGCAGCGGAUCAUCAUCAGUCAUUCACCACCUUGACAACCUCGCCUGUGAUUGACAGCCGGAGUGGCAAAAAGCCAUGAGACUUGGUAGUUGGGUUUGAGGGGCACUUUAAAAAAAAAAAAAAAAAAAAAAAAAAGAGAGAGAGAGGAAAGAAAAAAAAAAACUGAUUUGGGGAAAGGAUAUUUGCUUUCGCCCCGCUGCUGUCUUGGAAACGAGAGGGGGAGAGUAAGAGAGAGAGAGAGAGAGAGAGACAGGGAGAGAGGGAAGAAAGAAAGAAAAAAGAAGGAAGGAAGGAGGGAGAGUUGAUUUUUUUUUUUUCUUCUAAUUUUUUUUUUUUCUUCUUUUUUAAUGCUGAGUUACCGUAUCGCUUCGCUGAGAUCCAGCAAGCCGAAGAUUUUACUCGAUUGCUUCCAUUGCUGGAGACGCUAAGGGAUUUUUGCCUUUUUUUGGGGGUGAGGGGGGGGGAACUUCGUGUUUCUUUCUUUUCACACUGGCCUUAAAGAGGAUAUAUUAGAAGUUGAAGUAGGAAGGGAGCAAGCAGGCCGAUGGCGCAAAGGUACGACGAGCUGCCCCACUACGGCGGCAUGGAGGGGGUGGGCAUCCCCACCACCAUGUACGGGGACCCCCACGGCGCCCGCCCCAUGCAGCCCGUCCACCACCUGAACCACGGGCCGCCGCUGCACUCGCACCAGUACCCGCACGCCGCCCACGCCAACGCCAUGCCCCCCGCCAUGGGCGCCUCCGUCAACGACGCCCUCAAGAGAGAUAAAGAUGCCAUCUACGGACACCCCCUGUUCCCUCUUUUAGCACUGAUUUUUGAGAAAUGUGAAUUAGCUACAUGCACACCCAGGGAGCCCGGGGUAGCGGGAGGCGAUGUUUGCUCCUCUGAGUCUUUCAAUGAAGACAUAGCAGUGUUCGCCAAACAGAUCCGAGCAGAGAAACCCCUCUUUUCCUCUAAUCCUGAACUGGAUAACUUGAUGAUUCAAGCCAUACAAGUAUUAAGGUUUCAUCUGUUGGAAUUAGAGAAGGUACACGAAUUAUGUGACAAUUUCUGCCACCGGUAUAUUAGCUGUUUGAAAGGAAAAAUGCCUAUCGAUUUGGUCAUAGACGAUAGAGAGGGCGGAUCAAAAUCGGACAGUGAAGACAUAACAAGAUCAGCAAACCUAACGGAUCAGCCCUCCUGGAACAGAGACCACGAUGACACUGCGUCAACGCGCUCCGGGGGAACCCCCGGACCCUCCAGCGGGGGACACACAUCACACAGCGGGGACAACAGCAGUGAGCAAGGUGACGGCUUGGACAACAGUGUAGCUUCCCCCAGCACAGGUGAUGAUGAUGAUCCAGAUAAGGACAAAAAGCGACAUAAAAAGCGUGGCAUCUUUCCCAAAGUAGCCACAAAUAUCAUGAGGGCAUGGCUGUUCCAGCAUCUAACACACCCUUACCCUUCAGAAGAGCAGAAAAAGCAGUUGGCACAAGACACAGGGCUCACUAUACUUCAAGUGAACAAUUGGUUUAUUAAUGCUAGAAGAAGAAUAGUUCAGCCCAUGAUAGACCAGUCCAAUCGAGCAGUAAGUCAAGGAACACCCUAUAACCCCGACGGGCAGCCGAUGGGAGGUUUCGUGAUGGACGGCCAGCAGCACAUGGGCAUCCGAGCGCCAGGGCUGCAAAGUAUGCCAGGGGAUUAUGUGUCUCGGGGUAGUCCGAUGGGUAUGAACAUGGGACAGCCAAGCUACACGCCGCCCCAGAUGCCCCCCCAUCCUGCUCAGCUGCGUCAUGGCCCCCCCAUGCAUACCUACAUUCCUGGACACCCUCACCACCCAGCGAUGAUGAUGCAUGGAGGACCACCCCACCCUGGAAUGCCCAUGUCAGCAUCAAGCCCCACAAUGCUUCAUACCGGCGAGCCAGCAGUGAGCGGACAAGUGAUGGACAUUCAUGCUCAGUAGCUUAAGGGACAGCGCGCGUUGUCUGCAGCGACGGUAGAUUUCAAACACUGUCUUUUCUGCAACGACUGCGGAGUUCUUGGCCGUCAGCUUUUGGACCAAGGGACGUUCCAGUUCUUCACAGGGACCCUGAAAAGCAGGAAAACACCAACUGAAGUCAACUUUCCGGGGACAUGCUAAAUACCUAUAUAAGACAUUAAGAAAACAAAGAGCGAAAUAUUGUAAAAUGCUAUUAUACUGUUAUCCAUAUUACGUUGUUUCUUAUAGAUUUUUUAAAAAAAAUGUGAAAUUUUUCCACACUAUGUGUGUUGUUUCCAUAGCUCUUCACUUCCUCCAGAAGCCUCCUUACAUUAAAAAAGAAGCCUUACACUUAUCCUGCAAAUGACAGAAAGGGCUUAUUUGCAGGAUUUUUAGAGCAUUAAAAUAACUAUGUCAGGCAGAAGAAUCUUUCUUCUAUCCUAGGAUUUCAGCCAUGCGCACUCUCUCUCUCUCUCUCUCUCCCUCUCUCUCUCUCUCUCCCCCCCCCUCUCCCCUCUCUCCUCCUCUGUCUGUCUUUCUUCCCUUUCUCUCCCUUUCUCCCCGUCUCUCUCCCCUCUCUCUCUCUUUUAGCCUGGGGCGUGAAUUUGCAUGUCUAAUUCAUUUACUCACCAUAUUUGAAUUGGCCUGAACAGAUGUAAAUCGGGAAGGAUGGGAAAAACUGAAGUCAUCAACAAUGAUUAAUCAGCUGUUGCAGGCAGUGUCUUAAGGAGACUGGUAGGAGGAAGCAUGGAAACGGAAAGGCAGUGUAUUUGAAGCCUAAUUGUCACAUCAGAGCAUCCUUGUCCCCAUGCAGCAACCACCACCUUGUACAUCACUUCCUGUUUUAUGCAGCUCAAAACAUGGACUGAAGAUUUAUUUUUAAUAUGUUGACUUUCUUUCUGGGCAAGACAUCGGUCAUGUGUGCAUUUUCUUUUUUUUUUUUCUUUUUUUUUUUUCUUUUUUUUUUCCCCCCAUAGUCCCAUCAUGGAGCAUUUAUGUAUACAUUGUAAAUAAAUUUUGUGCAAAAAGGACUGGAAAAAUGAUCUGUAUUAUUGCAAUUUUUUGUAAAAGUAGCAGUUUGGUAUGAGUUGGCAUGCAUACAGAUUUACUAAGUGGGAUAAGCUAAUUAUACUUUUGUUGUGGUUAAACAAAUGCUUGUUGAUAGCCUUUUUCUAUCAAGAAACCAAGGAGCUAAUUAUUAUUAAUAAUAAUCAUUGCACACUGAGUCUUAGAGUUUCUGAUUGAAACAGUUUGGAUUGUAUAAUAACUCAAAGCCCAGUUGUAGUAGUUUGAGUGCAGUAAUGAAAUCUGAAUCUAAAAUAAAAACAAAUUAUUUUUUGUCA